GACAAUCGCCAUAGAACCAGACAUGAGCAGUAGAAAUCGAAACUUCCGCCGCCGCGCCGGUGAUGAUGAAGACGAUGACGGCGAAGCUAACGGCACCGUCCCUCCUUCAACCACUACAAAAACGACGCCAAAGGUCUCCGUCGCGGCGGCUGCGUCCAGUAAGCCAAAGAAACCCAGUCAGCCAGCUCCUAAGAAGCUACUCAGUUUUGCAGACGAUGAAGACACUGAAUCUCCCGUUCCUCCUCGUCCUUCUUCGUCCAAAUCAUCGUCAAUUUCUCGGCAGACUAAAUCUUCUUCUCACAAACACACCGCAUCAAGGGAUCGUCUCUCUCAUGGACCGGCAUCUUUUUCUUCCAACGUACAGCCUCAGGCUGGAGCUUACACAAAAGAAGCUCUCCUUGAGCUUCAGAAGAACACCAAAACCCUAGCCAGUUCUCGUCCCUCUCAUUCUCUAGCCGCUAAGACCCCUGCAUCCGAACCUGUCAUCGUUUUGAAAGGCCUUCUCAAAUCUUUUUCCCAAUCCGAUCCAAUUGCCAAUACAUUGAAGGAGAUUGACGAAUUGGAUGACGAUGAAGGAAAAACCGAUGGUGGAGAUAGGUUGUUCAGGAGAGAGAAAGACGAUGCAGCGACUAGGUUGGCCUCGAUUGGGAUUACCAAAUUGAAGGACUCGCCUGGAUCUUCAUUUCCCGAUCAAGCAACUAUAGAUGCAAUUCGAGCAAAAAGGGAACGGCUCCGGACAUCGCGGACUGCACUUCCGGAUUAUAUAGCGUUAGAUGCGGGUAGUAAUCAUGGGGAGGCAGAGGGAUUGAGUGACGAAGAGCCUGAGUUUCGAGGCAGGAUUGGAUUCAUUGGGGAUAAUGCGGAUAAAGGCAAGAAGGGUGUGUUCGAGGAUGUUGAUGUGUUGGCUAGUAUGGGAAGGUUCAAGAAGGAUAAUGAAGUUGAUGAAGAUGUUAUAGAUGAAGAUGAAGAGGAUAAGAUUUGGGAAGAGGAACAGUUUAGAAAAGCAGUAGGGGCGAAGCGAAUGGAUGAUGGGUCUGGAAGAGUGACGAGUCCAAGUGUGUCUGAAGUUCAGAGUGUGCAGCAACAACAAUAUGCAUAUCCUUCUCAAGCAACUCUAUAUUCUUCCAUGUCUUCUACGUCAACUGUUCCUAACGUUGGAGGAAUGUCGGGUCUGGAUACAAUGUCAAUAUCCCAGCAGGCUGAGCUUGCUAAGAAGGCUUUGAAUGAUAAUUUGAGAAGGUUUAAGGAUUCUCAUGCCAGAACCAUUGCAACAUUGACAAGAACUGAUGAAAAUUUAACGACUUCACUGUUGAAUAUCACUGCUCUUGAAAAGUCCCUAUUUGCUGCGGAUCAGAAGUUCGUCUUUAUGCAAAAGCUUUGCGACUACGUUUCUAUUAUAUGUUCUUUUUUACAGCACAAGGCUCCAUUCAUUGAGGAAUUUGAAGAACAACUGCAGAAGCUUCAUGAAGAACGUGCAACAAGUAUCUUGGAAAGAAGAUCUGCUGAUAAUGAAGAAGAAAUGGUGGAAGUUGAAGCUGCUGUUAAUGCAGCCAUGUCCAUCUUGAAAGGAAAUGGUGGUAUUGAGAAGGCCAUUAGUGCUGCACAGGAAGCUUCUACUGCUAUGAAAGAACAAAAGAAUCUACCUCAAAAACUAGAUGAAUUAGGUAGAGACAUGAACCUGCAAAAGAGAAUGGAUAAGGAAAGGAGGGCAGAGGCAAGAGAACGCAGGAGAGCUCGAGCUGAUAGCAAGAGGAAAACAUCUAUGGAUGUCGAUGGCUCCAAUAAGCACGUAGAAGGAGAGUCGAGCACAGAUGAGAGUGAUAGUGAGACCGCCGCAUAUCAAUCCAACCGCGAAAUGCUGCUUCACACUGCUGAACAGGUUUUCAGUGAUACAGCUGAAGAAUACUCUGAACUUUCAUCAGUAAUAGAAAGGCUUGAGACAUGGAAAAAGAAAUAUCCAUCAUGUUACCGUGAUGCUUACAUGUCCCUAUCUGCACCAUCCAUAUUCUCUCCAUUUGUAAGGUUGGAGCUCUUAAAGUGGGACCCGCUUCACGAAGAUGUAGACUUUAUCAGCAUGAACUGGCAUUCCUUGCUCUAUAAUUAUGGCGUUGAGGAUGAAGAUAACAUCAGUCCUGAUGAUGCUGAUGCGAAUCUUGUCCCCCAACUUGUGGAAAAAGUUGCAAUUCCCAUUUUGCAUCAUGAGAUAGCUCAUUGCUGGGAUAUGCUGAGUACUAGGGAGACGAAGAAUGCUGUCUUGGCUGCAGAUAUGGUUUUAAGAUAUGUUCCUGCUUCAAGUGAAGCUCUCCUCGAGUUAGUAGCUGACCUCCGUGAGCGUUUAGCUGAUGGUGUUUCUAAGCUCAUGGUCCCAACUUGGAGUCCGGUUGUAAUGCAGGCUGUGCCAAAUGCAGCCCGAUUGGCAGCACAUAAGUUUGGCAUGUCAGUUCGGCUAAUGAGGAACAUAUGCAUGUGGAAUAAGAUUAUUGCAUUGCCUGUACUUGAAAAGCUUGCUCUUGACGAACUUCUCAAUUAUAAAAUUCUUCCUCAUCUUCGAAGCAUCCAAUCCAAUUUGCAUGAUGCGAUCACACGAACAGAGAGGGUCGUUGCUUCAUUACAUGGUGUCUGGACAGGUCCACAAGUAACUGGGCAAUGCAGCCCAAAGUUGCAACCUUUUGUGGAUUACUUGUUGACACUGGGGAAAAAACUGGAAAAGAGACCUAUAAGUGAGAGUGGGACGAUUGGACUUGCACGAAAGCUAAAGAAGAUGCUGGUGGAGCUCAAUGAAUACAACCAUGCUAGAGACAUCGUUAGAACAUUCAAUCUUAAAGAGGCCCUUUGAGAUCUAUACUCGAUUUUUGUACCUUUGAAUGCUUUUUAGCCUUGUGAGUAGAAAUAGUUUAGUUGUUACACCGCCUACUGUACAUUGUUCUUGCAUUGUUGCCAAAAUGAAAAUUUAUUUGUAAGCUUU